CGAGGAAGAUGGCGGCACUGGUGGCGGCGGAGGCCGCGGCGCCCCCGGGCCCGGCCGAAGCGGCUGAGGCGGCAGAGCUGAGCCGCGCCCUGAGCCGUCUGCUGCCCGGGCUGGAGGCCGACAGCAAGCUGGGCCGGCGGCGCGCGCUCGAGGCGCUGCAGCACCUGCUGGAGGCUCGGCCCGAGGCGCCCGCCGCCGACCCCGCCCCCGCGGCCGCUGCCUUCCAGGGCCCGUGGGCGCGCCUGCUGCUGCCGCGCCUGCUCCCCGAGCCCGCGCGCCGCCCGCCCGAGGCCUGCGAGGAGCUGCGCCUGGCGCUCGUGCAGCUGCUCGGCCUGGCCGUGAGCCUGGGCGGCGCCGCGCUCGCGCCCUACCUGGACGACGCGGUGCGCGUGCUGCGCUGCACGCUGCUCGACCCCUUCGCCGCCGUGCGCCGCGAGAGCUGCGAGUGCGCCGCCCGCCUGGCGCGCGCCACCCCAGACCACUUCCACAUGCAGUCGGAGUCUUUGAUCAGCCCGCUGAUGCAGACCAUCUCCCACCAGCACUGGAAGGUGCGGGUGGCCGUCAUCGAGGCCACGGGCACGGUGAUCCAGUUCGGCAGCGGGAAGUCGGUGGACGACGUGCUUCCGCACUUUGCUCAGCGGCUCUUUGAUGACGUCCCCCAGGUCCGGCAGGCGGUGACGUGUGUGGUGGGGGGCUGGCUGCUGAGUCUGCGGGACCGCUACUCCUUCUUCCACAAGCUCAUCCCGCUGCUGCUGAGCAGCUUCGACGACGACGUCCCCGAGGUUGCGCGCGUGGCGGCCAGCCUCUGGGAGCAGGUGGGCCUGCAGUGGCAGAAGGAGAACGAGGAGGACCUCAAGGACAAGCUGGACUUCGCCUCUCCGGCCCCAGCCCAUCACCCGUCACCAGAGAAUCGCCCAGCAUUGGGCUGUCGGGAGCUCGUCUUCAGAAACCUCUCCAAGAUCCUUCCCGCCAUCUGUCACGACAUCACCGACUGGGUGGCGGGAACCAGGGUGAAGGCCGCACAGCUGCUGGCGGUGCUGCUGCUCCACGCGGAGGACCACGUGACGCAGCACCUGGAGCUCCUCCUGAGAACCCUGCUCCGCGCCUGCGCCGACGAGGAGCGGGCCGUGGUCAGCAGCGCCGCCAGGUCCGCGGAGCUCAUUGGGGCGUUCGUCAGCCCUGACGUCUUUCUGAAGCUGCUCUUGUCAGUGCUGAGGAAGUCGGCCUCCCCCUCGGGCCUCCUGGUCCUGGCGUCCGUCCUCCGAGGCUGCCCACGGGAAGCCCUCCAGCCGCAUGUGAAGGGCAUCGCCACCGCGCUGGCCCAGCCCCACAUCUCUCAGGGGGCUGAGAACCACCUUUAUGGGGAGCACCUGCUGCUCUGCGUGCAGGCUCUGAUCGCGGUGUGCCGCGAAGACUGCAGAGGGUCCAGCCUGCAGCUCAUGGAAGUGCUGGUGACUGUGAUGGCCUCCUCGGGCGCCACAGGCCUUGGUGACAAGGUCCAGAAGACCAUGGACGCCCUGGCUGCGGUGGAGAGCGUCGACAGCAGCCAGGACCUCUACCGAGAGCACGCGGGCCCCCUCCUGGAGUGGCUGGCCGCGUCACACCACGACUGGACUGUCCACUCUGCGGAGCUGCUGCAGCUCGACGUGGUGGUCACGCACGCAGGCCCGGCCCUCGGCGAGCUGCUGCCCCAGCUCAUCCCGGUCCUCAGGAGCUGCCUCCAGCCCGCCCGCGACCCAGCCAUGCGCCUGCAGCUCUUCUCCAUCCUGUCACGGGUGCUGCUGAGGGCCAAGGAGACGGUCGACUCCCAGGGGCAGCUUCACAGCUACCUCGACACCCUGGUGAAGGACAUCCUGGUCCCCAAUCUGCAGUGGCACGCGGGGAGGACGGCCGCAGCCAUCCGCACGGCCACCGUGUCCUGCCUCUGGGCGCUCAUCAGCAGCGAGAGCCUGUCGGCUGAACAGCUGCGGGAGGUGCAGGAAGCACUCACGCCUCAGAUCCUCACCACCCUGGAGGAAGACGCCCAGGUGACGCGCCUCGUCUCCUGCCGCAUCAUUGACGCGUUUCUGAAGGCCUCUGGCGCUGUGGUUCGUCCAGAUGAGCUCGUCAAGGUCUAUCCAGAGCUCCUGAAGCGUCUGGACGACGUUUCCAACGAUGUGAGGCUGGCGGCUGCCUCCACCCUGGCCACCUGGCUGCGGCGCGUUGAGAGCGACGGCAGCAAGUCCUGCUGCCAGAGCGACAUCCAGCACCUGUACAAGGAGCUCCUCGUGCACCUCGACGACCCGGAGGGCGCCGUGCAGGACGCAGUUCUAGAGGUCCUCAAGGCCGGCAGCGUCCUGUUCCCUGACCUCCUGGUGCGGGAGACGGAGGCAGUCAUCCACAAGCACCGCUCCCCCGCCCACUGUGAGCAGCUCCUGCAGCACAUGCAGGCCUUGCCGCCUGCUCCGUGACCCGAGUUCCGGGAGCACAGCCUCGUCCGCAGCUGGAGGGCCUCGUCCGCAGCUGGACGGAUCUGUGGCCUUUAAACCUCCCAACACCAAAAGGGCACCUUUGUGUCAACAGCCUGGGACACUCACAGGCAAGGCUUAGACAGCAAGAAGAAUGUUUCCCUCAGAAGCAUGCCCAGUGCUCCCCUGGGACAGCUUCUCAAACCCGCAGUUUCUGAGAUGACGCUCACUGAGUGGCAUCUGUAUCUUUAUGUCUCGUUCACACAGUCCAUCGAGAGGUCUGCCACAAACCUACAGCGAAUUCGAGAUUAGAACUAAAUGCCAACUCAUACUGGCAGGCAAGUCAGCUCUUUUUUUUUUGUAAGGCUACAUGCACUGCUGGGCUCAUGGCGUAAUUGGUUCUGUCUUGCUUACAUGCCCACCAAGAAAGUUCUUGACUAUUUUUUUUUAAAAGUCAAAGUGAUUAAAAAGAAAUUUCAUUCUUUCUUUGGGUUCUGUCUACUGAAACUUACCAUCUCAGUGAAAAGACUAAAAGGAAUUUGAAAUCUGAAGGACGAUUAUCAAUGAAAUUUUUCCCAUUUGAAGUAUACUUGGACUCAGAAUGUUAUGUGGAUAUAUUUGGUCACAGGGUUUUCUCUUAGAUCAGCAAUGCUAACGGUGUUGAAAACAGAAUGUUUAACCAGAUAGAAUUUUGGUUGCUCUCUUACAAGUAGCAGUAAAGUAAAAUUGUAUUUUAUUCUCUAGCACUUUCUACACCCAAGUGCCUAAAAGGUUUCGUUUUAAGUGAGUGUUAUUUCCAUAAGCCAAAUAUUUAUGUUAACACAAGGAAAAAAAUGCCGUGUGUAUUUUCCAACAAUCAAAUAUUAACACUUUGCUUGAUGUUUGAAAAUUUAAUUAAAAAUAUUUAUUGUAA